UUUAAGAGCCCGCUACGCGUAUUAAAUAACUUACGCAUUUUCCGUUCAGCUCUUAGCGAUUUUUUCGAAAACGGCGUUAGUUAGCAACAUCGUGAAAGUUACGUUGGAUUCUAUAACCUUUCUUCUACGCCUCUCUUGUAACAGAUUUUUGAUAUUUUUUAAAUGUUAAUAAUUACGGCACCUGAAAAUACUGAAAAUAUCAUGCAUUUCUACAAUUAUUUAUGCAAAAUUCGAGUAUUAUAUAAAAAAUCUGUUACAAGAGAGGCAUAGAUGGGUCCUUUAUCUUUACAUCGGUACCUAACAUCAAAGGAUAGAAUCCAAUUUACUCAAAAUUUUAUACUAAGUCCCACACCUCUACAACGCUACUCGACUCGUAUAAUAUCUGGCGAAGCUACAUAUUCUUUAUUAAAGAGGCGCGACUUAAUGUGUAGUGUGAGUAUUCAGGACCGGAGUCAGUUGUGCUGUAGCCUUUACUGUAUGGUGCUUUUAAAAAUAUAAUUUUUAUCACCUUUUGUGAAUUGUGAGCGUCGGAAUAUAUACAGAGCAUUAGAUAUACGAUAUACACUGAGCGAAUUUUUACGCGGAAAAACAGGAGUGUUAUUGUGUCAACAGUUUGUUUCUUAUCGGGUGGAUAACUUUUAGUGGAAUUACACAUGGAAGCUAACUACAGAAGAGGAGCGAAGACAAGGUUGCGGUUAUCUAUUCGCAGGAAGAAAUCCAAUAAUAUCUAUAAAUACAAUGCGGCUCGUGCUGUUGGGCUUCCUUGUUCGACCAAAAAUAUUUUGCCAACAUCUAGAACUACGGAAAAGGAAAGUAUUCUGCCAAAUGUAGAAAUCAUUGCCAAUAUUACCGAAUCUUCACCUGAAUCCCCAGAGAUAGAAAAAAGGAAAACGGUAGAGAACAAUGAUUUUCCAAAUGAAGAGGAAAUUUUUAGUGCUACCGAACCAUCACUGGCGCCUAUUGUAAAAGGGAAUAAAAGGAAUUCAACCUCAGCCGUGUCUAUCGAUGGGCUACGAGUAGUUGACCUACAAAAAUUCAUCGAGUCUUUGAAAACCUUAUCUACUCAUUCCACAUUAUUUGGGUGCAGUUUAGUGAAUUUGCAAGUAGUAAAAGAACUAAAAAAAGUCCACAAAGCGUAG